AUGCCAAUUUAUAAUGAAGUUUGGGAGGAGGAAGAUUUCAUGUUCAGAAACAUGAUUAAUCUCUAAACUUUGACAAAGAAUCAUGUUAAAUUAUUGGACAAUCUGAAAUUUGAGUUUGUUGAGUACAAAGCAAAUCAAUUGUUGGCUUGUCAUCUAUAUGAUAGAAUGGCCCAACAUUGCAAGAAUCAAUUUGGUCUUUUCGAAGAUUCUUUUGUGCCUGAAUGUCUUGAUGCCAGAAAUUACUUUUAAUUGUGUGUAAGAAUGAAUGCAUCCUAUGGUUUGGCCAAAAAGUAUUUCCCAGAAUACUUCUUAACAAAUGAAUAUUCCAGACCGAACCCAAACUUUAAGGAAUUAGGACUUUGAAUAAUAAGAAUAAUUUAUCAAGCAUAACAUUAAUUAUA